AUGGGUGUUUUCUAUCAUGAGGAGGAGCAGCCAAACCAUUCUAAGAGGUGCAAAUUCUUUGCAGCUAGUCUGAAGGAAGUGUUUUCCAACUGUCAAACUUUCGGGCGAACUCGAAGGGUUUCGUCUGCAAGGCUUGAAGACGAGUUUCCGAUUAGUGAUCUUGAUGAACAACAGGAAGUGAUUGUCUCGGCGGUUAGAAGCCGAGCUAUGGAGAAACAAAGGAACAAGCCAAGCCAAUUGAGAGAGAGUUUUUCUUGGGUAUAUUCUCCUGCAACAGGAGAAUUGAGUGUUACUGAGAAAAUGAAACCACAACACGCAAAUGAAGGAGGUAAUGAAGAACAAGGUGAACAAGAAGAAUUUUUGUCAGUUAAAAGCUGUUUCUCAAUGUAUUCUUCUUCUAGUGCUAAUGGAGAAGCAUUUUAUUCUGUGAAGACUAACCUUUCAAGAUGUUCAAGCUUGAAUGAGUUUGAUUUGUCAGAAUAUUGGAAGAGGUCUAUAAUUCAGGAGUUCUGUCAUUGUGAGGGAUGGCCUUUUGGUCUCUGCCGGAAAGCUGUGUUGCUUCCACCACUGCCGAAGUCGCCAUCUGAAUCAUGGUUGUAUCGUAAAAUACAACUAAGUACCAAAGUUACUUAA